GAGCAUGACCUGGAGAACUACAGCAUGUACUGCGCCAGCUGCCGGAGCCCGGUGUGCUACGUGUGCCUGGAGGACGGCAGGCACGGCCAGCACGAGGUGAAGCCGCUGGGCGCAGCGUGGAAGCAGCACAAGGCCCAACUCUCUCAGGCCUUAAAUGGAGUUUCGGACAAGGCCAAAGAAGCAAAGGAGUUCCUGGUUCAGCUCAAGAACAUCCUCCAGCAGAUCCAGGAAAACGGUCUAGACUAUGAGGCCUGUCUGGUGGCUCAGUGUGACGCCCUGGUGGACGCGCUGACCAGGCAGAAGGCCAAGCUGCUUACCAAGGUGACUAAGGAGAGAGAGCACAAGCUGAAGAUGGUCUGGGACCAGAUCAAUCACUGCACGCUGAAGCUGCGCCAGUCCACAGGGCUGAUGGAGUACUGUCUGGAGGUGAUCAAGGAGAACGACCCCUCGGGCUUCCUGCAGAUCUCCGACGCGCUGAUCAAGCGUGUGCAGGUGUCCCAGGAGCAGUGGGUCAAAGGUGCCCUGGAGCCGAAGGUGUCUGCAGAGUUUGACCUGACCUUGGACAGUGAGCCGCUGCUGCAGGCCAUCCACCAGCUGGACUUCCUUCAGAUGAAAUGUAGGGUGCCACCUGCCCCCCUGCUGCAGCUGGAGAAGUGCUGCACCCGCAACAACAGUGUCACACUGGCCUGGAGGACACCGCCCUUCACCCCCAGCCCUGCCGAUGGCUAUGUCCUGGAGCUGGAUGACGGCGAUGGGGGGCAGUUCCGGGAGGUGUAUGUUGGCAAGGAGACCCUGUGCACCAUAGAUGGGCUGCACUUCAAUAGCACCUACAAUGCCAGGGUCAAGGCCUUCAACUCCUCAGGUGUCGGGCCAUACAGCAAGACAGUUGUCCUGCAGACGUCUGACGUGGCCUGGUUCACAUUCGACCCCAAUUCUGGGCACCGGGACAUCAUUUUAUCCAAUGACAACCAGACAGCCACCUGCAGCAGCUAUGAUGACCGGGUAGUGCUGGGCACGGCCGCAUUCUCCAAGGGUGUACACUACUGGGAGCUGCACGUGGACCGGUACGACAACCACCCAGACCCUGCCUUUGGGGUGGCCAGGGCCAGCGUGGCCAAGGACAUGAUGUUGGGCAAGGACGACAAGGCCUGGGCCAUGUACGUGGACAACAACCGCAGCUGGUUCAUGCACUGCAACUCCCACACCAACAGGACAGAAGGCGGCGUGUGCAAGGGGGCCACUGUGGGCGUGCUGCUGGACCUGAAUAAGCACACCUUGACCUUCUUCAUCAAUGGGCAGCAGCAGGGCCCCACAGCCUUCAGCCACGUGGAUGGAGUCUUCAUGCCGGCCCUGAGCCUCAACCGGAAUGUGCAGGUCACCCUGCACACAGGAUUGGAGGUGCCAACAAACCUGGGGAGACCAAAGCUGACAGGCAACUAGCCUGGCAGCUCCUGCUGUCCAGCUGGCCUGUGACCAGGGCCUCACCUGAAAGAGCCACAUGUCCUCAUGAAGCUCCGGUAAUCCAAGGGAGCAGAUGAGCAAGGAGCAGGUCCUGGGUGCAGCUCAGCAGCCACCGAACAUCGAGAUGGUUUCUUUGGGGUGGGUCGUAGGCCACGCUGUGGCUGCUGUGCCCGUGGAGGACACCAGUGUAUGCUUCAUCUUCUUUCACCCAAAUGCUACGGAGACUCGGCACGUGGGGCUUUCCCAAGGGAUCAAGACCUUUGGGACGUGUGUAUGCUUCCUGCUGUCUGAUUGCAAAGUUGAUUUUUGUUGGAGAGAGGAAGCACACUUUGAGAUUGGCACCCCGAGAUGGAGCCGGGGGCUGUGAUGUCACCCCAUGCCUCAGUGUUACCCUGCUGGCAGGUUCUCAUCUCUCUGGGAGAAGCCAUCCUUCAGCAUUCUGGCUCUGGGCCUUCGGUACAUGACAUGCCACUUGUAGGCCUAAUUUCAGGACUGAUCAAAAGGGACAUUAAUACUUGAUUUUUGCUCUUUCACUGAACUGACAACCUUUUAAAGGGCUUCCUUAGGGUCUUUAUUAGUCAACCAGUCAUAUGCUCUCUCUCUCUCUCUCUCUCUCUCUCACACACACACACACACACACACACACACACACACACACUCAUGGGUUUGUGCAACAGUCGACCACUUCAUUUCCUAAGUUCUUAGUUCUUAGCCAUAGAUGGAAACACUGGAACUUUAAGGCCUGUGAUAUGUCUUUGCCUGGAGGUGACAUUUCCUGGAAUUGGCUGCCCCAGAAGCUAACUGAAAAUGUGUCCAAGCUGUUCUUCUGAGCUGGGUGCCCCCCCCCACACUUAGAAGCACAGAAGCUGGAGACCUGAGGCCUUUCGUGUCAGUCAACCUUUCACUUUGAGACGACCCCACGCACUGCUGUCAGGAAAGCAUUACAGACACAAGAAAUGCCCCGAUGGCAAGAGGGUGGCUCUGCCGUGACAGGGUGGGCAGCACCUGUGAGGAAGACAGGAACUCGAGGUCAACAGCCUGCACCUGGCCCCCUCCAGCCCAAGUCCAGGUGUGCUGUGUCCCAUGGGCCAGAGGGAGCUCUGGGGCGAGUCCUCCUCCUCCUAGAAACAGGACCCGCAAGAAGUCCACACUGUCCUCCCUCUCUUAGGACCUGGCCUCGUCUCCUUCCUUGUUCCCUGUGUUCUGCUCCUCGAGCUCCACCUGGAAGUCAGCUGCUGUCACCUCUUUAAGACUCUCUCUAUCAGUCACUUGGUUGCCAUUGAGGACUGGCUUGUCUGCUUGAGUGGGUGGGUUUUAUAAGAUUUGCCCAUGCACCAGCACCAACCGUGCUUCCUCAGCUGCUUUCUCCUGCAGAUCCUGUGCCUGUUUCUGAGGAUCCACCGCCAGGCUGUGCGGGGCCAAACAUCCUACCUCGGACCUCACUCAUGGCCUGCCAUCUCCACAGAUACACUGUUGGGCCAGCUGCCCAGUGUCACCAGGAGCAGUGAGGUGCUAUAUCCUGGCCUCCAUGCUGGGCCCCGGAGCCAUCUGCUCUGUGGAGGUCCUGGGCUUGACUCACCAUUCUACUUUCCUGUCUGGUGGUUUCUGGCUCUGCUUACCCUGUCCGGGGCCCUGUUCAGAGCUCUCUCAGUCACGUACAGGACCUGGCCUGCUGUCCUCAGCUGCUCGGCUGCCUCCCUCAUCCAUUCUCCUUUAGCCUUGGUCACAGCCCCAGCUCCAGGGCCCUGGCUCCACAGGCGGCAGAUGCCCAUAAGCUGAAGAAUACAGAGAAGCCACAGCCCUCUUGGGCCAAGGAAGCUGUAGUAAGGUUCACAGGUUCAGAUGCCCACGGCUUUGGGAGCAUCUUGCUGUCUUGAAGAAGACAGGCCAUGCCCCGGGCAUGCAGACAGUACUGACAAGGCUGGGUCACAGGCAGGGCAGGGCUGUGACUACAGUCAGCAGAGAGUCACCAGGUCACUAAAAAUCACCCAUCUUGGAGCAGGAGCAGUUCAGGGAUGCCUGGGGGAGCCAGAAGCCAGAUCAAAGGAGGUGCAGAAAUACAGAUGGGAGGGCUAGGGAUUUAGCUCAGUGGUGCCAGAGUUCAAUCCCCAGUACAGAGAGAAAGAGAGAAAU